AAAAUUCAUCUGAAUCGUUACUUGUACGCUGGACGUGUCGUCGAUUUCACUCUUCUGCGUAAUGGUACUCUCCCGCCGACGUUACUGCCUCCGCAUACUAUCAACUUGAUGACUACCGACAACUCAGCGCUGGUCACUUGGGAGCCACCAAUAUCAAUGCCCUUCCAAGGUUGUCAGAAUGGUACUGAGUGGCGCAAUCUUCGAUAUGAAUGUCGUGUGAUAAAUGAAGAGGAUGAAAAGAGCGGUAAGACGGAACUGACUCACCUGUACGGAACUUCGUUAGCAGUCACGGUAUCACCAGGACUACAGUAUCAUGCUACAGUUCGUGCAUGCGUCGCUACUGUAUGCUCGCCAUUCACUAGCGCUAUCAACACUGCGUUGGCACCUCUCAAUGAGCANAAUCGCACCGGCGAAACGUUACAUUUCUUCGAUAUACUCGGAUCGCCACUGGAGAACUACGAAAUUAGUUUGCUUUUGCACGCCAUUAUUGUCUCCUUGAUGUAUUAUCUCAUAAAUCAUCCACAAUUGAGCACCAUCAAAUUUCAGAAUACCUUAUAUCGGUUGCACAAAGACGGCUCUAAAUAUCUCUUCCUAGAGACGAGCACCAUUCAGUGGUUGGCUUUGAUGCCAAAGUAUUCUGUGAUCGUUAUUGCUUCGGAUUAUACGAUUUUAUCCUAUCGACUCACGUCUUCUUUCGAUCAACUCAUCUAUUCUUGUGAUUCGUUGGAUAACUGUGGCGAGGUUGCUGGUUUAGCCGCAGAUGAUGAAAGUGGUGAUGUAUAUUUUCUGAUUCAGCAUCCGAACGCAACAAAAAGUUUGUUUGGAUUGAAUCAAGACGUUCGCACACCGUAUUUGAUUGCUUCAUCGACUGACUUUCCACCGAUUCGUCAGUUGUUGGUUGCUGGCGAAAAACUUGCGUUCAUAACGAAGACUGGUCAGAUGGGUGUUUGCGAUAAGAAACUUGGUUCAUUGAACUUCAAUCUGGUGUUGAACGGAGUAUCCCUUUUGGUACCAUCGGCAAAUGUGACACCAACGAAUGCAUUGAAUUUUAGCGGCGAUAUCGCAUUUGAAGAUGACUUACGAACAAAUUUGACAUGGAGCAUUGAUCCAGCGCCGCGGAAAGGCGAAAUUAUCUACAAGAUUUCAAUGUACAAAGAGAAGUUUGGUGAUGAACGCUUCGUGGAUUUUUCAGUGGAACAAAGCUACACGAUGAAUUCAGAAUUGCUCGAUGAGUGGUCUUCAAAGCAAAAGUUCGAUGUUCAAAUAGAUGCGAUAAGCGCGUGGAAUAUUGUGUCGAGAAAUCGUACCGGUCUAUUCGCACCUACAAAACCGCCUUCGUCAGUGAGAAAUCUGAAAAUAUAUGCCACCCAACAGGUUGGUAACUACAGGAGGUUUUUCUUUACAUGA